AUGUCUAAUCGUAACCCUAAGGGAUCCCGGAAGAAGAUUCGCCUCACUCAAGGUUCCUCCAAGCCUGGAGCAUCUCGUCACCGGAACGCUUCUACACCGUCUCUCGCAAAUACGGCCCGCAACAUCAUGUCCAAAUAUGUUGACACUCCCCGCCAGCCAUCUUCGAGCUCUUCGCUGGGCAUAGUAGCGCAUGAAAGGGCCCUAAAGCUCAUGGAUGAGGAUGCGUCUGGCGACUCGUCAUCGGCGGAAUCCGGACCUCUGCCUCCGACUUCAACUAAGCGUGAUGGUCAAGGCCGCUUUGUAAAGAGGAAGGGCAAAGAGAAGGCACCCUCAAAGGUAGAACGUUCGAUAUCCUGUCUGGCAACGAUAUCCCGAGCUCACGAUGAGACGGUGUAUGGCUUCAAGGAUCGCCGCCGUAAAGAUGAGGUACCCGCAAAGCCGUCAAUUAAACCACCCAAACCUUCCAAACCCCCUACUGGCGCUGCAUCCAAGAAGUCCCCAGACUAUCGUGUCGGUCAACUGUUCCUUGUGCCCUAUCCGCCUGACAAGGACGGCGGUAUUGAGGUUCCUGAUUAUCCUGCCCUGCGCGCCUACGGGCUUGCUAAGAGCGCUGACUCUCCAAGUGGUAUCAGGAUUCCAAGCGACAUCGACAGUCAUAGCGGCUACAUGGCCUUCCUACGCGAACACUUCCCCGACUUUGAUAACUGGGCAGAUGAAGAGUGUACGCGGCGCCAAGCAGAUAUCACCAACUCAGUCUUCUUUCUUGCAUUCAAACAGAAGGGCAAGCACGGCAAAUUCCGGAUCGUGAAACCAGCGAAAGGUCAACUUCUACUACAGUCCGAGUAUAGAGCGUGUACUUUUGACGCUACAAAUGAUGUGGGACGUCGCAAGAUCGUGCUCGUCAGUCGCUGGCCUGUUCCUGAUGGUGUUCUCAAUGAAUGGUUUGAAGCGCGCAAUGAGCCUGGAGAUGUGCCCCCUCCCCUUCGCGAUGACAUAUCAUCACCAUCACCAUUGCCACCUCCCAAGCACUCGGGCUAUAAGCGGCGUAGGGCUGCGUCAUCGGUGUCGGCGUCUUCCGAAAGUGACGCAGAUGAGAUAGAGCAGGAUGGUGACGCCAUAGAGGACCACCUUGAUGGUGAUAUGAGCAGUCUGACUGAGGUAGAGGAUGUUGGAAUGAGUGAUGGAGAUGUUGAGGACGUUGAGCGAGACGGAGCUGCCACGCGUUCCCCGUCACCUAUACAGGCCACUCAGCAUACCAACAUACCAAGCACAUCUGCCAGUGCUACUCAUCCACUUGUGGCGAGCAACAGCUCGGCGACCGUUGUUGCUUCGGAUAGUGAACUGGCGCCUGAUCCUAAUCUUAUCUAUGCCAGCAUGCAAAGUCUUUCCAUGGGUGAUGAUGUUCCUGUUGAGGAUGGUAAUGCUGUCACAGGCGGUGUUGAUAUCGACUUUGCACCUAUCGCUACAUCAACGCCAGUAGAUGUUGAUCUCACUGGAGAUACAGACAGCGAUGGAGAUGGCAGUGUGCAAUCUUCAGAAGAGGAUGACCAACGCUACGGUUACUCCCGCGGUGCACGUGGUGGACAUCGCCGCGUCCUUCCAACCCGUCAGCAAGCCCCAUUCCGUCCACGGCCUACCCUUGGCUUAUCUCAAGCUCUCGACCCCUUUGCACAAUGA